UGCUGUUUUAAACCAGAUACAAGUAAAACUGCUCUGAAACUCUUCGAAAUGGAAACAGUCUUGUCUCUGGAAAGCAGGAAACUCAAGUUGAAGUCAACAAAGUCCAUCACAUCUAAGAGGUUGACAGGAAUCUUUGCCACCCAUGGCUAUGAUGUCACGCCACAGGUGAAAUUGCCCCCAGAGGUAGAGGGUAAGAUGGUGGUGACAGAAGAUGCUCUGAAGAAAAAGAUUCUGGAAUCCAAAACGACGCGCUUCAUGGAGAAGGACCGACGCAUCGUGGAGGAGCUGAAAAGCCUCCACUGCGAUCCCCAUCCCUACUUUUCAGUCUUUCCUUCAGACACGGACUUCACGUUUUGGAAGAUGCUGAUGCAAGGGCCUCCAGAGACUCCGUAUGAGAACGGGGUUUUUGAACUCUACUGUCAGUUUGGGGACUCCUAUCCAGUGAAGCCACCUCUAGUGCGUUUCAUCACACCCGUGUAUCACUGCAAUGUGAACAAUGUUGGACGGAUCUGCCACAACAUAUUUGAUCGUAACUACUCUGCCAACGUCACCAUGAGGGAGAUCCUGAAUGCAGUGUACGGACUCCUCAUAGCCCCAGAGCCCGACGACCCUUUAGACAGUGUCCUAGCGGAAGAGUUUAUGUCCAGCCCUGACACGUAUAAACAAGAGGCGCAGAAAAACACAGAAGCCGCUGCCAAGACAACAAUGUAUGACAUGGAAAAGAAACUGCUGGGUUUGGAUGCACAAGCCUCAUUCGUGCCACCUCACUUGAUAUGCCCGCUGACGAGGAAGAUGUUUGUUGAGCCUGUGAUAACGACGUAUGGCACUGCCUAUGAGCGAGGAGCAAUCGAAAGCCACCUGAAGCGAACCAAAACGGACCCACUUUCUGGCGCCACUCUUGAUAAAAACUGCCUGAAGCCGGAUACGGACCUGAAACAUCUGGUGAAAAACUAUCGAGCUGGACAAAUUAAAGAUCAAAUGAAGAUGUUGUCCUGAAUGGUAGAGCAUUUAAACAAUGAAAACAAACUUAGAAACUUAUUUUAUUUACACAUUUAACAACAGAUGAGCAAUAUAAUAUUACAGCAAGGUAAGGUCAAAACAUGCGAUUUAUAUUUAGAAAAUUACAUAAAGUGUAAUGACAUUAACAUAACUCUGCACUUUUAACUUUUCUGUCAACAGUCCCUUUUUGAUCAACAAUGUUUUAAUUA